UCCGUGAACUUGGCCUGGUCCGAUCACCCUGGCCCCGAGGCCUUAUCAGAGGCGCCGCCCGCGGCCUAUAAUAGCUGGGCCGGCGUCUCCCUUUGCCUCCAGAUUGGACUGUGACUCCGCCAGACAUGUUCCGCGCCUUGUGCCUCCUACUAGCUGUGCUCGCGUCGGCCAGCGCCUGCAAGCCCUGCACGUGCGGGGUAGCGCGAGGCGCGCGCGUGGUGGGCGGAGGCGCGGUCACGCCGGGCGAGUUCCCCUGGCUCGCGGCGCUGAAGCGGGACGGCAAGCUCAUCUGCGGUGCCACCGUCGUCGCCCGGGACCACCUCAUCACCGCUACGCAUUGUGUUUACGAGGUGGAAGCAUCUCGUCUAACGGUGCUGGUGGGAGAAUUCGACGUAAACAAAUCAAGAUCAGAGGGUUUCCCUGUGUCCCAUGUAUUCCAACACCCGGACUUCAACCGCUAUACGUAUGACAACGACAUCGCUGUGCUAAGAUUAGCUGAGCCUUUGCCUGAUAAUCUGUUCAGACCAGCGUGUUUACCAGACGAUGACGAUAAACUAGCAGGUGCUGAUGCUAUUGUCUCUGGAUGGGGCAGUACCAUUGAAAAGGGACCCCCUUCUAAUGUUCCGAUGAAAGCACAAGUACAAAUCUGGUCGCAAGAAGAGUGCACCGGCGCAGGUUAUGGGCGCAGAAAGGUGACGCCGCGGAUGAUUUGCGCAAACGCUCCAGAACGAGAUUCCUGCACGGGUGACUCUGGUGGCCCGUUGCUGAUGGCUCAGCCUCAUUUCACUAUUGUCGGAAUCGUAUCCUGGGGCCGAGGCUGCGCCAGACAAGGCUACCCGGGCGUGUACGCGCGCGUCGCCCGCUUCAUGCCGUGGCUCAAAGUUGCGCUUCGACACGCCUGCACCUGCCUCCCACCUUCAGCGUACUAACAGUAAUAGAGGCUAAUGUAGAGGCUACAAUACAUCAAUCUAGUUUCCUUAACUGACAUAAAAGGGAAACAAAUCGUAUGAUACCUACGUGGAGAAACGCAUAAACAACUCGCGAGUUUUAGACUUGUUUUAAAAGGGAGUCGUUAACAACUUUUAAUAAGGAACCGUGUCAGAAUUCGUGAAAAUAUAUUCACCUAUACUUAAUGCCAUUGUCUUCCAGACUUGGAUGAAUUAAACAAUCAUCCAAGCUUUCUUCCAAGCAUUUUUUUUGUAAUUUGCGGUUUGAUCCCUCAGUAAAAGUUGUUUGUAACAAACGUAUUGAGUAACUAAGUACCUACAUGACUUCCUUUCGAGUUAGAAGCCUCUUCUCGAUUGACCUUGGAAAAUGACUGGUCAUGUACCUACUCAGUGAGUUAAAAAUUGUAUAGGCGUAUUACUUUAUAGAGAUAAGAUAUAACGGAAUCUACAUUCGGAACCAACGUUUGACUAUAAAGAUGGCCUUCCGUGCAUCUAGACGCGCGCGACGGUCGCGUCGGGACUCGCGGCUUUCGCGGACGCGACACUAAUAAACAUACCUAAUGAAAUGGUAUGCCAUUGGUCGCACGCAUCUGACACAGCAUACGUCCGCUCGGAAGCUGCAUACAUUUUUAUAAGUAGUUUUUAGUAAUAUCGCGUCAGCCGCGACGUGAUCUCAGCGCGCGUCUAAUGGCUUCGAUCCCAAAAUCCCCCACACACGGAACUCUACCUUAAAGCAGACUGAAGACUGUGACUGAUGAUUUUAGAACCAAAGUAAGGUUGUUGAGUUGCACAGCACAAACAAUCUGUAGAGGCCUAGGAAGUCUAUUGUGUUGCAACUCGCAACGCAGUCUGAUGACGUAUAUUUGCCGCCUUAUAUCGCAUCGCGACAAUGUGCAUGCACCUUUAAAUUUACCGUUUUUAUAUUAUUUUGCAAUGUGCACUAAUUUAUUGUAACGAGAUCUGUUUAGUACAAUACGCAAUCAUACGCCUCGUGUUCAGAAUUCAGAUUGAACUACUUAUUUUGCGUGCACUUCAUUUGCAAAGGUUUUUGAAAAUAUGUACCUUCUAAAACAGUGUACUUAGAAUACAGGAUAUAAAUGUGUAGUAUAAGAUAGCAUAUAGAGACUAUAAUAUAGCAGGUACACUAAGUACUUAUCAUCAGCUUUAAUAGGACCAGUAGAUGUAGGUACUAUACCUACAAAACCAAUAUUAAGUACAUAAUAAUUCCCGUUCCUAUCCCUUUUCUAAAUGCAAAUAACUUACAAGAACAUGGCUAAGUACUAUUUCACCCAUGUUUUUCAUUAUAAAUUAUUCGCCUUUUUUCCAUUGGCGAAAUGCAAGAACAUUCUAUAUAAUUAAAAGGUUUUGUAUCUAAAGUACCGCUUGACUGAAAGGGCUUGUGGGGUAAAGUGCGGAUUGCGGCAUUGAUUUCCUUGAUUUUUACAUGAACUGACCCGCAACACGAACCCUACUCUCACAAGCCGUCUCAGUGAAACGGUUAACUUUUUAUACCUAUACAUAGAUUUUGAAGUUGAAGUAAUAUUGCCAUUCUAACUUGGAUUAAUUCAUCCAAGCAUCCUAACCAAAGUACUUAUUAAUGAAGGUGUGUAAUGUGUGUAGUUUUAUUAAAUGUGUACAUAACAGUAUUGAGAUAGAAUGUAGGUAAUUGUAAUUUUCGUUUAUGCUUAAUUUUAUUUUAC